UCCUCCCUCUGAAACAUGGCAGCUACGGCUUUGGCGAAAGUCUCCCGGCUGAAAAAACCUUCCGUUGGCCAGAGGAUCCGGGGCCAGGCCGUUCCCGCAUCGUUCGCCCCUUUUUCUGCAUGGACAGACGACCUGCUUCAGCACAUGGACCAGCGCGACGCUUGGGACCGCUUCUACGCCAGGAGGGGGAGAGCUGGGACCCCCUGCCCGUUUGACUGGUUCUUUGGCUACAAAGAGAUCUCGGCCCUUCUCGGCUCCAUUCUCCGGGGGCUGCCCCAUGGCCGGGCCCGGAUCCUGGACGUCGGCUGCGGCACCUCGUCCCUGGGGCUGGAGCUCUACCGGCACUCGCCCUCCCCGGUGCACGUCUCUUGCCUGGACUUCUCCUCUCCAGCCGUCGAAUGCCUCGCCCGGCUGUUGCGGGACAGCCCCCCGCCGUGCCACCCGCUUUCCGAGCUGGAUUGCCACCUGGGCGAUGCCACCGAGCUGUCCCGCUGCUUUGCCCCGGGGUCGUUCCACUUGGUUCUCGACAAGGGGACCUGCGAUUCGGUGCUGCGGGGCUCCCCACUCCGGGCCAAGCGUUUAGUGGCCGAGUGCCUGCAAGUGCUGAGCCCGGGCGGAUGCCUGCUCCAGAUCUCCGACGAGGACCCCGAUGCCCGGGUGCCGUUCCUGGAAACGGCCGGCGGGGCCCCCGUCAGCGUCGGGGAGGUUGCCCACCUGAAUGGCAUCUCGUACUACGCUUACACGCUCAGCCGAAGGGCUCCAGACGCGUCGGAAGUGGCUCGGCCCACCGAGCCUGCGUUCGAAUCCCACCGGCCUGGGGCGUUGAGUGAAAUCUAGCAGGAGCCACAACUCCAUAAAGGCCAGUCCUUUCCUUCCGAAAGCUGUCCUUUAGAUGGAUUUAAUUUAAUGGUUUAUUUUCUUGGUUUGGGCUCUUGGGAUUUCCCUUUGGAGAGCAAAGCUAUAAACACAAUUUUUUUUUUAUCCUUAUAAGCCUCU